CAUGACAACAUUAAUUCUACCACUCCAAAUUCAAUUAAAGAGUUAAAAGACCCACCAAACAAAUCAUUAAUGGGGUUUCAAGUAGAAGUGCUCCAACUAUCUAAAUUCCAAUACAAGCUCAAACUCUAAGCCCAAUUUGUGAUAGGAUCUUUUUCUCUUAGCCCAAAAUUCGCCCAGUGGUGGAAGAUUACAAAAGGGUUUUGGGCUAAAUUGGCCUUUUGAAGUUGAAGGACAACAUCAAUGGCCAGUUAGUUUUUUUUUUCCGGCCACAAAUGGCCAAUAAGGAAAGGUGCUAUGGCAAUAAAAUAUUGUCUCUGUCACAACGUAACCAUUGCCUAAAAAUGUGAUGCAAAGUUGUAACGCAUGGCGGAGAUUUCCAUGUUAAUGCUUAGUUUACUUACCAUAUAAUACCUUUUCAACGAUUUACUGUUUAAGUUUUAACCACAUAAAUGAAAUUUACUUACUUUUCAUCCAUUAUAAAGAAAGGGCUAAGGUUCUAGACAUCCUCUUCAUCUUGCAUCUUUUUUCGUUUGCUUUUCUCCACAAACACACAGAGACAGAGUGACAAUGGCAACCCUUAAAGUGCCAGCUCAUCUUCCUGCUCCUUCUGAGGAUGUUGAGCAACUUCGUAAAGCUUUUGAAGGCUGGGGUACAAAUGAGCAAUUGAUUAUAGACAUAUUGGCUCACAGGAAUGCACCACAGCGCAAUUUAAUUCGAAAAACUUAUGCUGAAGCUUGUGGGGAAGAUCUCCUUACGUCAUUGGAGAAGGAACUUUCAAGUGACUUUGAGCGGGCUGUGCUGCUAUUUACAUUGGACCCUGCAGAGCGUGAUGCAUAUCUGGCUAAUGAAUCUACAAAGAGGUUCACGUCAAGCAAUUGGAUUCUCAUGGAAAUAGCUUGCACUAGGUCUCCACAUGAACUAUUUAAUGUGAGGAAGGCAUAUCAUGCUCGUUAUAAGAAAUCCCUUGAAGAAGAUGUAGCACACCACACUACUGGAGAGUACCGCAAGUUUUUGGUCCCACUUGUUAGUGCAUUCCGAUAUGAGGGAGAGGAGGUAAACUUGACGUUGGCAAAGUCUGAGGCAAAGAUACUUCGUGAUAAGAUCUCACACAAGCAUUACAGUGAUGAGGAGGUAAUCAGGAUUGUAACAACAAGGAGUAAGGCACAGCUAAAUGCAACUCUCAAUCACUACAAUACUGCAUUUGGGAAUGCUAUCAACAAGGAUUUGAAGGCUGAUCCCAAGGAUGAAUUCCUCAAAUUGCUUAGAGCUGCAAUUAAGUGCCUGACUGUCCCUGAGAAAUAUUUUGAGAAGGUUCUAAGGCAAGCUAUCAAUAAAUUGGGAACAGAUGAAUGGGCUCUUACUAGAGUUGUCACAACUCGGGCAGAGGUGGACAUGGUACGUAUUAAGGAGGAAUAUCAGCGAAGAAACAGUGUCACCCUGGAAAAAGCAAUUGCUGGGGACACUUCUGGAGACUAUGAGAGAAUGCUUCUUGCCUUGAUUUGAUCUGGGACGUCUGAGCGGUUAUGAAUAUCUAGUUUGCAUUGCCAGCUUUGAGUUAUAUUUGCUUGGGUUUCUGUCUUUUUCUUCCAUGUAGAACUUUCGAGAUGAAGUAAUUGAGUUGGGUGAUCUUGUUUAAGUGUGUUCCAACUAUUUUUCACUGUGUUCAAUUUCAGAUUCAAUCAUGCUAGGCAAUGAUUGAGGUAACAAAGCAUCAAAAGGCGUGAAAAUCGAAUCCAAAAGAUGAAAAAUGAUUUGGGGACGGUAGGCUAAUCGUCUUGCUGGUCUUU